AUGCUGUGUGUUGACACAGACUCUGAUGUGGCGGAACAGCGGGAGAGUUAUAAAGUUAAAGUGAAGUGGACACAUGAGGAGGUGAGUGAUUGAUCUGGACUGAACUCUGGGCCUUGUGCCAUAACUCUAAAAUGGCCUCUUUUACUUGUAUACUGUCCUCUGUAAACUGAACACUAACCAGAGGCUCGCCUGACCUAAAAGUGCUAUGAAGGAAAAAUAGAAUAAUUGCUGCUCUAAGUACUUAGCAGGUGUAGUGGUAUGUUCUCUAAGUUGUUUUUCUCUUGUACUGGCAGGAUGAGAAUCUAAAGAUCCUGGUGAACAACUUUGGAAAUAGUGACUGGACAGCUAUCGCCAGCUUCCUACCAGUGGGUAUUGGGGAUAGAUAUAGCACAGGCUAUAUGGCUGAAUUGUAGAAGAUAAUUCUAGUCCUAUUUUUUUCUAUUAGGAUUGAUACUAAAGUAGAUUUCUUAUAGGGACGAACAGAGUAUCAAUGUAUGCACCGCUAUAUGAAGGCUCUAGAUCCAGAUUUAAUCAAGGGGACUUGGACCAAGGAGGAGGAUGACAAGGUGAGCAAUGAAAAACAAAUGCCAUUAUACAGACAUAUAUAGAUUAGUUAUCCAUCCCUUUUUUCUUUAGGGGGUAUAUCAGCUUUAUUAUUGCAGAUAGAUUGUAACUUCCAUCAAUGUAAUUGUCUGCAUCACUUCCAAUCCCCAUGUUCCCCCCCCCGCAAAUAUAUAUAUACAUAUCCUUUAAAAAAAUAUAUUUCCCUUUAUUACUUUCCAACCCCACCACCCCUUCCCUAAUUGGAGUAAACUAGUAAACAACAAUGCUUAGGCCUCUACUUCCAGCUUAUAGAUACUAUACACUUUUAUCCUUGUUCCUCUCUGUAGGUCAUUGAGCUGGUGAGUAAAUAUGGGACCAAGCAGUGGGCAAUGGUGGCCAGGCACCUGAAGGGUCGCCAGGGGAAGCAGUGCAGGGAGCGCUGGCACAACCACCUCAACCCGGACGUGAAGAAGUCCUCAUGGACCCCAGAGGAGGACCUGAUCAUCUACAAAGCCCACUGUGUCCUCGGGAACCGCUGGGCGGAGAUCGCCAAGCUUCUACCUGGAAGGUAACUGACCACAGCAGGGUUCCAUGUUAACUACUGACCUGGACCUGUGGUAGAUUAAAUACAUUAGGGUCAUGCAGGGCCCAUAGGUUAGCGUGCUGUCUCUCUGUUAUUCAACUACGAAUAGGCAACAUUUGAGUAUGGUAAGUAUUAAAAUCUGCGUAAUAUAAAUUGUUAAUGCAAAUCAUUACUUUAUUCUUUAAAGCUGAGAUCUGCAUUAGGGUAAAAGGCGCCACUGGCCGCCCCCAGGCGCAUUUGUUAUUGUUUUGUUUAUUAAACGGAGGAGAGGAUCUCCAGCAUCAAGGUUAAAAAGUUGCACAUACUCUGCUGUUCGAUCACUUGUGCAAUGAUGUCCGACAGGGGAAAAGAUGGUGUUCGUUGUUUGAAGUAAGGUCUUUGUUGUUGUAAUUUCGCAAACAGACAUGGCAGCUAACUUUCAAAUUGCAUUGUAGAAUUCAUUUUUCAUGUUUCUAUUACGAAGUAUGUCAUUAUCUUUUUAAAGCUAGUCCUUAGUUGCUACCUCCGUUUUUGGAUGUAUACCAAUUGAUUCUUGAAGAAUAUACUGUAUCUUAUAAAUGCCUCAUGAGCUUAGUGCAACUGUCGUAACCCAUCAAAACCCAAAAUAUAAGCUUGUUUUACUCCAAUAUUUAUAAACAAGGUAAGUGUAAACAAACACUGUAUAGCCUCAAAACAUGGUUAAAACUAUAAUUUUGAUAUCAUGGAUGGUCAGUCCUUGCAUCCAUAGCUCUGUCUUGAGUGGUUACAUUUCUGAAGGCCCAUCCCUGAGCUUUUUACCAAAUUAGAUGUGGGGUGACCGCUUUGUUAUUGUUUCAAGUAAGGAUACUAGGUUUAAGAUGCCGUUGCCCCUUUAAGAACUGUAUUUUGCUCUGCACAGCUAGCUUUUGAACACAUCAACUCACUUCGCUAGAAAUGUGAAAACCCGCAAGUUGUUUCUGAAUGCAAGUCACUCUUAUUAUUAUUAUAUUUAUUAUAACCAAAAUCUACCAACAUAUAGUUAAUAAUUUUAGCUAAGUCUAGUAAUAUUUAACUAGUUAUGCUGUGCUUUGAUUUCAAGAAGUAGUUGUGACUCUUGGUGGUGCUCGAAUGAACGGCUAAUCAUAUUGCUCCAAUAGCACAACUUUUACGCAUAUUUCCAACAGUGUGGUGCUGAAUGCGAUGCGGCCCCACUAGUUUUAAUGGAAGACCACAGCAGCGCAUGGAAAUCUCGAACUGAAAUGCCAAAAUACGCAGAAAAGUUUUUGGCCUGAUUGAGCCAGUGACUGUAGAGAUCUACUGGCCCAGACAUGUUUGUACUGGCCCGGGUGACAUCAUUAAUACAUUUACAUUUUAGUCUUAGCCCUUCCAGAGCGACUUACAGUUAGUGAGUGCAUACAUUAUUAUUUUUUUAUUUUGCAUACUGGCCCCCCGUGGGAAACGAACCCACAACCCUGGCGUUGCAAACGCCAUGCUCUACCAACUGAGCUACAUCCCUGCCGGCCAUUCCCUCCCCUACCCUGGACGACGCUGGGCCAAUUGUGCGCCGCCCUAUGGGUCUCCCGGUCACGGGCGGCUACGACAGAGCCUGGAUGACUUAGACCACUGCGCCCUUAAUCAUAAUUAAUGUCGAACCCUGCCAAAUGCUAUGAAACAGGAUCUGAAUGCGACCUAACAGGAUUUGUAUGAUUUGAUUAAUUUAACAAUGACAUCUCCAAUUUACUGGUCAAUUUGAAUAGAAGGUCAUAGUGUAGUUUUGCACUCCAGGAAUGACACACAGCUUUUCUACCUCUUGACAGGACGGACAAUGCUGUGAAAAACCACUGGAACUCAACCAUCAAACGUAAAGCAGAGAUGGGAGCAUAUGUUAUGGAUGAUGACGGGAGCCCACUACUACCCACUACUCUGGAGCAGGGCGAGGUCAGUCCUUUGUAUUCUUCACAUACUAACAAGCACAAUGUUUCACCUAACCCACCACCCACUACUCUGGGACAGGGUGAGGUCAGGUCUUUGUAUUCCUCAAAUACAAACAGGCACCCUGUUAUGCUGUUAGUGUAAACAAGGGAAAUUGUGGUUGUUUUCCAACUUAGGUUGGUAAAUAGUUGGUAGAGCAUGGCGCUUGCAACGACAGGUUUGUGGGUUCAAUUCCCCCGGGGGACAAGUACGAAAAUGUAUGCACUCACUACUGUAAGUCGCUCUGGAUAACAGCGUCUGCUAAAUGACAAAAAUGUCAAAUGUAAUGUUAUCUUUGCUUACAGGUAGAUUUUCGUUGUGACGUUGUUUUGGACUCGGAGCCUGAACCUCCAGAGGUGGUAAGAAUGCCAUAUCCUUGACUCUUUCUAUAUUUGCACAUACUCACCUAUGUCUGUGGGAGACCUAUCAGAAGGGAUGUGUAAUGUGUUCUGUUAUCCUCCUAUCAGGCAUAAAGUAUUACUAUCACUAACCAAAUUGAGCCUGUUGAGCAUUUUUUCACACAAUAAUCUUGAAACGUUCAACCCUUUUCACCCAUUCUCUUUGUUCUUUGUAGAUGAGGCAAUAUAGAGAGGCUAUAGCCCCCAUGCUAAAAAUUAGGCCAAAAAAGGACUCUCACCCAGUCAGGUCAAAGACGGUGGUGUUCCCGCCUGUCUUAGCCAAGAGGGACUCCAACAACCCCUGCUCUAGCUCCGGCGGCGUCCCCACGCUCCACCAGUCCCGCCAGAAGAGCAUCACAGAGGCCGUACUGCGGAUGAUAGCGGAGGACAUGCUGCCCCUCAGCUUCGUGGAGGGCUCAGGCUUCAGGAGCUUCAUGUCUGUGAUCGGCCCCCAGUAUCAGAGGCUGUCCCAGCGUGCCGUGGGCCUCCGGCUGUACGACGACGUGGAGAAGGCAAUCAAGCCCCAUCUGAUCCGCGACCUGAAGACCUGCUUGGCUGCCAGCGCGGGCGAUGCCGUUGUCCACGCCACCCUGGACCUCUGGGCCAGCCCCUACGCCGACCCUAUUGUCGCCGUGCAGCUGCACUUCCUGGAUGACGACUGGCACAUCCACCGGCCCACCGUGGCCUUCCGCCACAUCGGCCACAAGAACAUGAACGUGGCCAUGGCCCGGGAGCUGGAAGCCGUGCUGCUGAGCUACGGCCUGUUCCCCAACAACCUGGGUUACAUCAUCACCAACGAGGCCAAGCACACCAUCGCUGCCUACGACCUCUUCUGCGACUAUAGGAUCAUGUGCUCAUCUCAGAGGGGCGACCCGGACGAGGAGGAGAUGCUAGCCUUCCUGGGUGACCAGAUGCCCACAGAGGACUUCUCAGAGAUCCAGUUUGGCACGCGCGUGGGCUGUGUCGCCAACAUGCUGCAGCUGGUGAUCAAAGAGGCUCUGAAGAACUCUCGCGUGGUGGAGAACCUGCUGUCCCAGGUGCACAACGUGGUGGCCUUCUUCCGCCGCAGCGCCUACUGGAACGAGGUGCUGCUGAAGGAGUGUGGCCUGUCACUGGCCCCCUCACCCGGCAGCUGCCGCUGGAAUUCCACCUUUGUGUCGAUGCGGCGGAUGGUGCAGGAGGCGGUGUGGGGCUCAGUCAUGACCCUGCUUGCCCAGGCCCGCAUUGAGGCGAAGGACUCGUCCAGCUCCCCGCCCAUGGUGAGGGCCAAGCGGGAGCAGGUGGUGGACAUUAUCGGCCUGCUCGAGCCCUUCGAGGAGGCCAUCCAGGUGCUGCAGAGCGAUGCCGUCACCUUCUCUCUCAUCAUCCCCUCCCUGAUCGGCCUGGACAAGACCCUGGAGACCCGCUCCACCAACUACAGCCACUUCUCCAAGGGGCUCCGCUCCGGCCUGCACACACACUUCCAGCCCCUCAUCCUGCAGAGGGACCUGAUCCUGGUCACGGUGCUGGACCCCCGCAUUAAGCUCCAGCCCUUCGAUGACGCCAAGCAGGAGGGGGACGCUGCCUCCCUGGCCGCCCCCUCCAAGUUACAGGUCCGAACGCUGGUCAAGUCGUCGGUCAGCGACAUGGAUUCCUGGAAACCGGUGAAGCAGGAGGAGAGUGAAGAGAGCCAGGAGGACUCUGAGGCCUCCAGCUCUAACAGUGGCAGCGGCAACCUCAAGCGCAAGUCCAUCUUCAGUUUCCUCCAGCCUGCGGCCAAGAGCAUGAAGCUGUCUGAGCUAGACCAGUACUUGUCAGAGCCUGUGAUGGAUGGGGACGGCUCCACCCAGGUUUUCUGGAGAGACGCCUCACGGUUUCCCCAGCUCCAGAGGGCAGCCAGGAAGCUGCUGGCUGUGCCUGCCACCUCAGGCGGCUUUGACCGACUCUUCCCCAUGGCGUCCUGCAUCGUCAGGGCCAAGAGGAGCCGGCUGCCCCCUCACACCACCGAGAGGCUGCUGCUCUACAGGGAGUCCCUGAGGGGGAAAGAUGGGAGGUCCAAUUCCAAUGGCUCCACUAAACAAUAG